AUGUUCAGAGGGACCGGAUUUGGAACAUACUACUACGAUGUGAGGCAAGUGGAGGCCUGCGACACAUCGUUUGUGGCUCAAAAUUUGGGCCCUCUGGAGUGUAGCUCGCAGAAUGCUUUGUCACUGAACCACGUGAACUCGAACUAUGUGGUUGCCAUGAAUCAUAGCCAGCUUAAAUUGGACAUGUCAAAGUAUUGCGGAAAGCGGGUUAUCGUCACCGUCAAUGGCGAGCAGUCAAACCUACCGCUCUUUAUCGGCGAUGGAUGUCAGCGUUGUGCAGGAGGAUCGGCUUCAAGUGACGUCUGGAAUGCGGUCGCCGCCCCCGGUCUCGACUUUAGUUACUCUGUCCUGGAAGAGCUGUCCGGAGGAGCUGCAUGUGCUGACGGUCACAUUCAAAUUGCCUGGGAAAUUGUGGAUGACACGAUCUAUAACUUCUCGGAUGGUGUAAAUUUCGAAACGGCACCCGCGGAGGCUAGUGAAGAGCGGACGACCUCGUCAGCUGCGCUCGUAAUGUCCACAUCUCUUUCCGCUGCCAACUUUCUCCAUACGCCAGUUAACGACGAUCCAGUGCAAAAUGCCGUCGCCGUCCUUGCCCGACAGGGAUAUGGCGAUGCAACGGAAGCAUCCUCGAGCAAUGCCUUACCGACAGAUGGACUCCUCGCAUCACUUGCGGAGCCGCGAUGA